GCAAAAAAUAAAAACAUAAAAAAGUAACAAAAAAACAAAUACAAUAACAACAUCGACAAUAUCAAUUCGCUUUGCGAUCGUAUGGAAUAGCUAUUAUAGUGGCUUGCCAGUGGCGUUUUGAGACUGAUCGGAAAGACAUUAACACUAAUACUCUCUCGUCCCCAUGCGAACCGUACACGAAAGCGCCUACAAGCCGAAACUAACAGGAGAAACUAAAUUUGUAGUGAAUAUCCGACCGAAAAACCAGAAUGGAGCUGCACUCUCCAGUACCAACGCAGCCGCCAUCAAAAAUAAAAACAACGCCACCUGCGGCCCACUGGCGGCAAAUAGAACAAAUGCCGAUGUCAUUCGACUGGAAACAGGGUCAGCUGUGGGAGCUGGUAUUCCUAAUACAGUUGGCAAUGGAGCAGCCAGACAAAAUAACUCUAAAGAUCAACAAAUUGGCAUUGCGGAAAUGAAGUGGCCUCGCAUUUGCAGCGCUUCAGCGUUGAUUGUGGCGGUCUUGUUGAUUAGCGGUUCUAUUUAUUUGCAUUUACGGCAGAAGCCGCAUCUUGGUCGACUGCAUCAUGAAUCGAAAACUCAUGCAGUGCAAGGCGUAGCAUCAACUCUGGGAGAAUAUAACUCCUCUAUCGCCCGACCUACACCGGCAGCUUAUAGACUGUUUGUGCCUGAACCAACAGCGGUUAUCUCUACUAAGACUUCCGCAGCUACAUCAACGACAUCCUGGAGCAAAGCAGCAGCUACAGGGAAUAUUACCGCCGUUUGUAUACAAUGCCUUUGUGAGACGGUGAACUUGUGUCGCCCAGCCAAAUGUCGUGAUGAUGAGGAAUGUGGCGUGUUUCGUAUAUCACGCUUUUACUGGUUGGAUGCCGGCAAGCCAACACUUGAUGACGACAAAAGCAGCAGCACCAGCGAUGCUGACACAAUGUACACCGACUGUGUCAACAACAUGGAUUGUGCGACCCGUGCUGUUACGGCUUACAUGAAAAAAUAUGCCCGCGAUUGCGAUGGCAAUGGAGCAAUUGACUGUCGUGAUCAUAUUGCACUGCACUUGCUUGGACCCACGGGGUGUGUGCAAUCCGAGGGUGUGUUAGCACCCACCUUUGAGCAACGCAUGGAUGACUGUUUGGCGGAUUAAGGUGAAUGGAUGACUGAAGUUUUCGGUUUAGCCUUUGAACAAUGGCAAUACUUCGGAUUUUAUUAAAUAUAAUCAAUAAGAGUUAUAAAAUAUAUGUAAAAAUGAUAGAUUUCAUACAUACUUAUGUACGAUACAUAUAUUAUGAUAGAAAUAUACAUAUAUAUGUUUACUUAGGCGAUAAUUGUAGAAAUGUAUAUUGUGUUGAUUUUAUAAGACUAAUUGUUCUCGAAUUAAUAGUUAAUAUGUCUGUGUACAUGCGCAUCGAAUGUCAAUUAUAUAGUAAAUAUUUAAGUUGAAAUUAAAACGAGAAACGAUUUUUACUUAAUUUAUUUAAAA